AUGUCUCUUGCCAAUAACGGCGGUGCUCCCAGCACGUCCUUGACCGAUGACAGGCUCUCCUCCAGGGCGACGACUUACUAUCGAUGGUUUGACAACAGAUACUGCCCGGCCUCUCGUCCCGAGCAAGUCGCUAACCCGAACCUUCUCGGUGUCACAGCCGUUUCCGCACCAGGACUCCAACCGGUCGCAACGGAUGCAUCUUCUACCGAUAUAAGCUGGGCCUCUGCAUCGACUCCACCCAUCGUCUCUGUCAGCGUAACAGAGUUGCAGCGAGACCCGGGUACGAGAGAACGCUUCCUCAGUGUCGCUGAAAGGCAAAUCGGUGUUUUUGAUGCCGCCCAACGUAGAGCCGGGACUGGCGACAAUCCUAGCACCGUUGUCAACAUAGCGACGCCUGCCAAGCCUGACUCGGACCCUGCCGAUUCCACCACUUGGUCACCUCGUCGCAAGUGGCUUCUCACCUGUCUCGUCGGCGUCACCAUGUUCAACGGCUCUUUUGCGUCCACUGCACCCAACGGGGCUAGCAUCCACAUUGUUCAUCAAUUCGGACUCUCCAACGAGGAGCUCGCCUUUGUUGCUUCUUCCUUUGUAGGAGGCUGUGUUGCUGGUCCCAUCAUCUGGAGCCCCAUGUCCGAGGUGUAUGGCCGACGACCUGUCUUUCUGAUUUCGAAUCUCCUCUACUCGCUCACCAACAUCGGAUGUGCGCUUGCCCCCAACAAAGCCGUCUUGUUCAACUCUCGCUUCCUCGCCGGCGUCUUUUCAUCUUCCGCCUUCUCAAACGCUGCCGCUGUAACCACCGACCUGUUUGCGCCGCCUCACCGCGCGUUUCCGAUGGUUGUCGUAUCGCUUUCUCCCCUCUUGGGUCCUUGCUUUGGUCCUCUUUUUGGCUCCGUGGUCAGCCUCGACCUUCGCUGGCCCUGGGUGUUUUGGUUCAUGGGCGCCUUGGGCUUGGUGUUGCAGGUCGCGCUCCUUUUUUUGCCAGAGACGUACGCGCCCAUCCUCAUCGUUCGGGCAAAGCCACGCCAGAUCAUCGCCACGCCCGUCAGGACACGACGACAGAGAAUCGUGACCUUGCUCGUAGUCAAUCUUGCACGACCUGUGAGCAUCUACACCCGAUACUCUUGA